GCCCCACGAUCUGCGGAUCACAGUGGGUCCUACAACUUCCUCACUUCCCUAAAUGGGCAACUGCGCUUUCAGAACGCCAGGUCCUUCCCUGGCAGACCUAAGUGGCACGCCCUGCAGCGGCCUGGGGCCCUAACCCUGGAGCUGGGGGUGUCCCUGGCCCCCUAUUGGCCUGUGACUGUCCCCAACUGGAUGGAGCCAUGGCUCCCACAUUCCUGCUGCUGCUGCUGCUGCUACUGUGGCUCCAGGGCCCUGUCUCAGGUGUCCCUGCCGAGAACGUGUACACUAAAGUGCAGCACCUUGAAGGGGAGACUCUGUCUGUGCAGUGCUCCUACAAGAGCCGUAAAAACCACGUGGAGGGCAAGGUAUGGUGCAAAAUCAGGAGGAAGAAGUGCGAGCCUGGAUUCACCAGGGUCUGGACGCAGGGGCCACGCUACCUGCUGCAGGAUGACGCGAAGGCCAAGGUAGUCAAGAUCACCAUGGCGGCCCUCAGGCGCCAGGACUCGGGCCGGUACUGGUGCAUGCGCAACAGCUCGGGGACCCUGUACCCUCUGACGGGCUUCCUUCUGGAGGUGUCUCCAGCCUCCGCCAUCAAGAGAAGCACUCCUCUUCCACAGCUGGCCAGUAUCCUCCAGAGUGGAAUUGUCGUCACCAAGGGCCCAGCCCCCACCUCAGGCCCCGAUGCCCCUUUCACCACCAGUGUGACAGUGCUCACACCUGGUCUCUUCACCAUGACCAGACUCGUGCCCUCCGCUGCCUCAGGGUCCAUCAGACUGACCUCCAUGACAGGCUACAGCUUCACCAGCGCUGGCUCCUCUACCAUGGGGCCCGGGAGGACCAUGGGGUCCCAGACCGUGACUGUGCCCCCCAGCGAUGCCGGAGCUUCCUCUGCUGGCCUACUGUCUGUGUCUACCAGGGCUGGGCCCCCGCGUGCCAGAUCACCCACCACGGGAACGUGCCAUACCAGUGGGUCUCUCAUCAACAAAUUAUCCCCUGACAGGCACCAGGAUUCAUAUCCCAUUGUGCUCCUGGGGGUGCUGACCUUCCUCCCAGUGCCUGUGAUGUUGAUCGUGGUCUAUGGGUUCUGGAAGAAGAGACACAUGGGGAGCUACAGGGUGUGCGACAAUCCUGCUAGAGCCUGGAGGGACCCACUUGGAAGCCCGGAGCCUCCGUGGAAGCCUACUUGGUCCGAGGCCACUUAACUAUGGAGUAGGAAAGCUGUUCCUGGAGGGGCCCUAGGAGGCCAGGGGAGGAUUAAGAUGGGGACCUGUGUGAACUGGAGCCAGACCGAUGCUGGACUCAGGCCCCCCCCUUCCCCCCCGCAGAACCAGAGGCUGCUCUUGGCCCGCUCAGACCCCUUGGGCUGCCAAGAACCUGAGAACGCUCAGAAUGGAGGGCACCAGGACGAAAACCGCAGGGCAAGCCACCGAGGGGAUCCUGAGUCCCAGGCCCCCGCUGGGUGGCAGAGAAGCCUUGUAGAGAGCUCAGGAGCCCCUUGUAUGCAGCAGAGGGGAGCAGACGGGUGGGCCGCUGCUCUCUCCCCAUCCCGAACCCUGUGCCCUCAGCCGCCUUCUGCUCCCCUCAAGCUUCCCCACGUGCUUGGGGAGGAGAGAGUCUCAGAGGCAGCUGGUGUCUUAGGGGCCCCGCCCUGGAGGAGAAGAAGGAACAGUGACCAAGAGUUGGAGAUCCACAGGGGUUUGGCAGCAGGGGACCCCAGAGCGGCCUAAGCCCCCCACCCUUGGGGCCCCGCGCCCUCUGAUGGGCCUCUGGAUAUGCCCUGCCUUGACUGCAGUGCCUGUCCCUGAAGUCCUGGGAGCCAGCCAGCAGAGGCCACCAACCCACUGUGGCCUGUCACCCAUUGGCAGGCCCUCUAGUUGUGACCAGGCCGCCCAGAGCCCCUUGGCUGCAGGACCAGCCUGUCCCCGGACGGGGGCUGUACUCAGGGCUCUUCCCCUCGGUUCCCAGCUGCAGGCCUGAGCUCUCACAGAAGGCGGAGGGCCCUCCAAAGUCCACCGCAGGGGAGGCCAUGGCUCAGAAAAGGGUGGAUCGCCCACCCGCCCCCAAGGACUCAUUGUCCCCUGGGAAGAGAGGAGCCACGUGGGACCCAGCAAGGACAGCCUGGAGCUGAGCACAGCCUGGAGGAACGCCUGGGGCUGGAGGAGGGCAGGGAGUCUGGCCUCUGCUUCACUGGCCUCUGCUCAGACUUGGCCUCGCCUGCCGUGAAGGCUGGAGAGUAUGGGCUGGAUUCCUCCCCUGGAGCAGGGGCCCUACUAGUCUGGAGCAACUGGAAUAAGCACCUAGGGAUCAAUGUGGCAUUUCCACUCUCCCCCUGGAGCAGGGCCCUCCCAGGAGGGACAGCAGAUGUCAUUGUCAGGAGAGUGACAUGGCCAGGGCCUUGAUGGGUGGCUGGGGGGCCACCCCAGAAUGGAGGUGGGGAGACAGGAAGGGACAGAAGGGACAGAAGGUAAUCCUGGAGGACUGCAGGGAAGAGGCAUCUCUUUUCUGCGUCCAGAAGGGGGCACUAGAGGAGGGACUCAGAUUGAGGAACCCACAAGCCCGGUGUCAGGUCAUACACACACGCGCGCACUCAGAGUGAUCUCGGUCCUCUCUAUCAGGAGGGUGUGCCCACGACCUUGGUGUGCAACUAGGAGGGGGUUCAUUUCCCUGGGGAACACAGCUCCCCCAGAGCCCCACUCCAUUCAAGAUCCUGCAACAGCACACUUACAGCCCCGCCUGUGGGAGAGCCGCAGAGGGCUCAGGACGGGGACUGGGGGAUGCCCCCUGUCACUGUGUGACCCUGUGCAAGUAACUAACCCUAUCAGACCUCAUUGUCCUCUGUUGUGAAAGAGGACACUAACUCUACCUCCCAAGACUGCUUUCAAGGAUCAAGUAGAGUGACAGGAACCUCUUACCACCGAGUAAAUGCCUCCUGAUUGCUCGUCCCCAAGCUCUUCUCCAGCUCUAGCGUAUGCUUUGUCCACACUAAAGCCCUCUGGGCCCUAUUUCUCUGUUGUGCCCUAAAUUGAAAGGGGCUAGGGAGGGCAGAGGGACACACGGGCAGGCCUCAGGCGGUGGGUGCUGGACCUAGGCAGAGGCCUUCGGCUGUGCGCUGAUGUCAGGGUAGCUGUUAGGGGACCCCCCCCAUCCCUGUUUGCUGAGGAUGAGGGGCUCCCGGAAUUGGGUGAGCCUGUACCAGGUGCCCACCCUUGGAGCCUGCUCCCACGUGAACUCCCCAGGAAGGAUACAGGGUACUGGGAAAGGAAUACAGAGCCCCCGCCCCGGGUCUCCAGCCCUGUUGGGGCCUGGGUGGCCUCUUUGGACCUCCAGUGCUCUGGGACAUUUUCCUGAAAGCCCCAGCCUUUCAUUUUUCUCCUUGUCCUUACCCUUUUUCCCCUGGAGCUGCAGGAGGAUCCAGAUCCUCAGGAGAUCCUAGGCAGGGGGUGCAUGGGGGUGGGGGUGGGGGUGGGUAUCACACAGGCUGCUGCUGCUGUUGUUAGUGGCUAAGGCAACAAAGCUUCCUGAGCAAUCGACUGUGAUGACAGGACACGCCCGUGGAGGGCUUCCUGUCGUGACCAAGGGCCGGGACACGUAAAGAAAACCCAGCUCGGGGGGAUGUCUGCUCUGCGGAACAUAGAAGACACAUCUGUCACCGUGGGACACACGCGCUCCCACUGGAAGUCCAGCAAGCAAGCCUCAAGUUCACGGUCCUCCCAGGUGGCUGCAAAAGGUUUCUCAGUCUGCAUGAAACUGAGUCGGUGUACCGUCCUCCUUCAGGCUGAUGGACUUGUUACCCCAGGGCUGGGAAUAGGGAGAGCGGAAGGCCUCCUCUGCCCGCCCCUCCCCCCAGGGGGCUGCCUCAGCUGCAGAGAGAGGCCUCACCAAGGGCAGUCCCCCUCCCAGGGUGGCCCGUCACCCCUGACCGGCUGUCGCAGGCUCCAAAGCCCCGGCAUCUCCUUGCCACCCUGGAGAGCAUCCUGUCUUCAGAUCUUUGCAGGCCUGAGCUUCCUGUUGACCUGUCCUUCUCUUCCCUGCUUGGUCCCCGGGCAUGUUAGGCCUCCCGUGCUAACCUCCACCUCAGAAUCUGUGCCCCCACAAACCCGACCUGCCACACUGCAUUUUUACAAGGUGUCCUCCUUUCUUCGUUGUCUAUUAACUAUACACAGCCUGUGGUGAUUGUUAUUCCGUGGCUCUUCUAAUGACAAUUAUUCUUAAAAACGUG